GAGAAGAAAUGAUUGAAGGUCGGAGGGCAGAGGAUAGCUGAGCGACCAGUACAGGAGCUACUGUGUGAAGGAGCUACAGUGUCUUAUGUAUCCCUAUAUCAAGACGAAACGCAAUUUCCUGAUCAGCCACAAUCCCUGUGAGGGAGCCGCGUUAAGAUGCGCAUUCACACUGAGCUGCUGCCAGUUCUGCUCCGGAGGACGGAGCCGCUCCAGGCUCAAUUACAUGCGCAGUCCUGCCGUGAAUCACACAUCACCACGGCAACCGGCGUUCACACCGAGCCCCCGUCAGCAGCAUCAGUGGGGUCCGAGCCCAUCCACAGGAGAGCACCGAAAAACCACAAUCUGUCCGGGCAUUUUCAGGCAGCUGAGCAGCCAUGGUGAAGCUGGGCAGCAAUCUGUCUGAUAAGCUGGAGAAGCAGCCCUCUGCGGACGACGGCUUUGAUAACAUCCCCCUCAUUACACCCCUGGAGGUCAGCCAGCUCCAGCAGCCGUUCGCAGACAAGGUCAUUGUGAAGACGUCAACACAAUAUCAGCUGCAGCAGAAGAAGAAGAACAAACUGUAUGUGCCCGGUAUCAAGAAGCUGAAUAUCAACUUCUACAGUGAUGUUUCAGAUAAAGCUAAGAUCACAGGUCUCAUCCUCAUCACUUUGGCCUUUCUGACCAGCCUGCUCCUCCUGCUCAUGUACAAAGCCAUGUGGUAUGAUCAACUUACCUGCCCAGAGGGUUUCAUCCUUAAGAAGCACUGCACCCCGGCAGCUCUGGAGAUGUAUUACACAGAGCAGCAGCAGCAGCAGCAGCAGCAGCAGCAGGAGCCAGGCCUCCACGGCGGCACCAACACUGGGCUGUAUGCCGCCCUGAGCCACCUCAACCAGGUCCAGAGGACUGGGCCUGAGCUGCCACCACCCUGGUUACCAGUCAUCAGCGCCCUGAAGGAAGCUGAACUGGCCAAACAAAGCAGUGAGCCGCUGAAAGGAGUGCUUGAGGGAGAGGAGUGAAGGGGCUGAUGGAAAUGCAGGUGUUAAGAGGAGAAAGUGAUGAUGAUGAGGUAGCGUAGGUUUAUUUUUUGACUGUGCGUGUGUUGAGGAUUUUCUUUCUCCCUUCCCUCAUAUCCAUUAAACCACUUACUGGUGCUUCAAAACCUUAAAGGUGUCUGAAUAUCUACUGAAAAAUUCAAUCAGCAAAGUAAAACAGUAAAACAGUUUGCUCAACUUCAAUCCAGUUAUUAUGUUAAUAUUUAAUCCAAACUAAUACCCAACUGCAGUGGUGGUGUGUGCGUGUGCGUGUGCGUGUGCGUGUGCGUGUGCGUGCGUGUGUGUGUGUGUGUGGUGAGUUGUUGAGGUUAGAGGCAGGAAUGUUAUUAAAGUGUUGGAGAAUGUGCCUGAUUUUUACAGUGUUACUGAGUCAAGUUUAAGCCAUCUGCAUUCUGUGUGUGUAUACACACAUGUAAAUAAUGUACGCUGUAAAUGCUCUCAUGCAUAUGAGCAUGUGCUGUAUGCGUUUUUGCAUUCAUGUGCACUGUGUGUGUGUGUGUGUGUGUGUGUGUGUGUGGUGUGUGUGUGUGUGUGUGUGUGUGUGUGUGCAUACAUUUGUGUACUAGUCUGAGAAAGUUGGAGGUGAGAGGAAUGUGAGAGCGAAGUGAAGAUAACAAGUUUUUAAUGAGAUAACUGUGUUUCUCCUCAUCACUCUGUCUUAUCUCGCUGUCUGUUCAUUUAGUUUUAGAGGAGAACAUAUGAAAUCAUCAGUGCACGUGCUCACAGGUUAACAGGUUAACCAUUAAGACAAGGAACCAUAAUUGACCAUUUUAAUUUUGGCUCAAAUUAGUUGGUUCCUCAUCUUAUUAUCUCAAGACUGUAAAUUGCAGUUCUGUGUCCUCGAUUAAACCACAGACUCUCACAGCGGCUUUGGAAAGUAUCAAAAAUCUCAAACUGUAAUCUCUGAAAAAUUGAAUUAAAAAAAUCUCUGAAACUGAAAAGUUUUUUUCAUUAUGGGUUAUUGUGUGUAGAAUUAAUUGGCAAAAAAAUUAAUUAAAUCUAUUAUGAAUUUAAUCUAUAACACAAUAGUGUGCAGGAAGAAACAGGCCACUGUACAGUUCUUCAUUUGAAUACUAUGUUACAUUAUAAUGUGAGCUACUUACUGUAAUUAUAGAUAAAACUUUUAAAGAGCUUUUAAAUUAUAACUACAAAGAAUCUUAAUUUCAAUAAAACUGUAUGUGAACUGAUUGUAAAAACUGAGUUUUGUUACUAAAUGUUGUUUUUGCCUCAUGUUGCUGUAAGUAUUGUGUAAUGCGCCUGUAAAUGAACAUGUACAGGGUUAACUUAUGAUGAUCCGUAUAUGAAUGUAUGAAGUAGCUGCUCUAUUCAUGCAGUAGAUGAAGUUAGUGCUUAUAAUCUACUACCUAAAAGCUUCUAUUGUCUUCACAUGUUUCUAUUUAUUUAAUUAACAGUAAAAGUUAUUGAACAGUAUUUAUGUGUAUAUUAUUUGUUGUUCUUUCAAUGCUAAAGUUGGGUUUGUUAAGUAUGAAGAGUUCUUUUCCAAUUCAUUUAACUUUUUUUUCUUUAAAAAUGGAUGAACAAAUAUUGUUUUUCUUAAACUGUCAUUAGAAAAUUACCCACAAUCCUCCAAAACCUCCCAAUCUUAUAUUUUGUCAAAAUGAUCUGCUAUCACUCAUUUUGAGCUACCUUUUCUCUUUGUCUUUCUCGAAAACAUCACUUGUGGAGAUCUUAUUUUGGAACAAAACUCUUCAUGUGAGUAGGAUGAAGGUGAGAUCACAGCACAGCUUGUUCCUUUGGGUCCAAUGUGUCAAACAUUUACAUCAGACACCCAUCUGCUCUGAUGUCGCAGGUCCAACAGAAAUAAAUGACUGAAGUGUUGAGUUCUCUCAUUCACAA